UGGUAGAGCUGGAUUCCGGAAGGUGGCGGAAGGGUCUGGCAGGAGCAUGGCCAGCAGCCCAAGUGGCGCUGCCCAGAAGCGAGGGCCGGUGGCUGCAGCUGCUCCAUGCAAGAUGCCCCGGAGUGUGGUGGCCUGGCAGAGCAAGGCUGAAUGGGACCAAGUGAUGGUGGGGCUGUAUUGUGGGGACUGCCAGAUGCAGAGGGAUGCGCUGGACCGCGUGUCUGCGUGGAAGAGCAGGUAUGGACACAGAAUGCCUUUAGCGGUGGAAUGCACUGCGGAUCUAAUCCGUUGUAAAAUCCUGGAGGCCUCCGGUAGUCUGAAAUCCCACGAACUGGUCCUCAUGUACGGCCUGGCUCUUGUGAGGUUUGUGAAUCUCAUCACAGAACGGAAGCAGAAAGUGUUUGCCGUACCUCUGAGACAGCUGGCUAAGGAGUUCAACAUCCCGAUUUGGAUUGUGGACCUUCGUCACGAUUUGACCCAUGGAAUCCUUCCCCAACUGAGCGCUUGUCAAAAAGGGUGCGAUGUUGUCCUGGAAUGGCUCCGACAUACCUACUGGAGUCGUCAGUUGGGCAAUGACGUUGCUGGAGAAUGCGAAGAGGAGGAUGAAGAGGAGUCGCCCGCAAUCGAUGCCGAGGCAGACAGCAGCCCGGAGGAGCCUGAUAAACUGGAAUUACAUGACCAUCAGAAGCACCAAGAGCUUCAGGAGAAAGUCACUGAAGUUUUGUUUUCCUAUAAAAAUCAACAAUUCGGGGUUCUUCAGAAGCUGCAGAGCGUCGACAAGGCCUGGGCAGAGUGGCGCAGCUCUUCCUCGGAGAUUCAGUGGAUCGUGGCCCAGAUGAAAGACUUACUGCAAGAGAACAGGGAGGUGGUGGCCAGAGUGAUGCUCGGGAAUGGCUUUCUCAUCCCAACAGCGGAAGACCUGCGGACCUUGAACCUCGACCUCCAAGAAACCAAAGAGUGGGACUUUAGAAUCCCCCCAACCUUCUUUCGCUUUUGGCAACCCCUGCUGAAGGGCCUCCACUCCAGGAAUUUCAUACAGACCCUCCUCGAGAAAAUGUUUGGUGAGCUGAAGCAACAUGCGCGGGAGUUGGGGCUCCGGACCCGGUAUCUUGUCAACUGGAUCACAGAAAUUCUGAAGACCAACAAGGAAGCCAGUAAGUAGAAGUCCAAGAGCUCUUCCAGAAGCUCCAAAAAUGGGAACGAAAGCUCUCCGGUGCUUUUUAGACAUCAUGUUUCACUGCAGUGGUUGAAGCUCCUUGAGGAUUGCUUGGAAGCGCCUUGCUGGGCAAGUCCCCACCUCCUGCAUCUGAUUCUGCUGAGCAUGGUGCCCCCUUUGCCUUCAGACAAGCAGGAGAAGCUUCUCUACCUCACCUCCAUCUACACCCAAGAAGACGACUCGCUUCCCAGCCCGGGCUCAGCCGCAGACCUCCGCAGGCAGCCCAUCUACACAGUGGAGAGCCUGCAGUGGAAAGCCAAACAGAGCGGGCUGGGCAAGAGGACCAGAAGGGCAGAGGGUCUCUUCGAAGAGGAGGGCCUGGAAGAAGAGGAAGAAGAGAUGGAAGCCCAGCCGGUGCCUCUGCCAGAAUCGUUCCAUGCGGAGAACGCCGUGGCUUUAGCGGAGAAGAGGGCAGCGCUCCAGGGGUCGGCCUGGCAAGUCAGCUCAGAGGGGACCAAGUGGCAGCAGUACCCUCUGGGGAAGCUGCCCGGUCAGACAGAUGAUCCUGAUGCCCUGCGGGUGGAAGAGUAUUCCAUGAUGUCGACUCUGGAGCAGCCGGUGAAUGGAGACCAGAGAGCCCCGCCUUGUGUUGCCUCCUCAGAAUGGAACGGGUCAGGUGCUGAGGGAUUAUUGUGGACCCAGAGCGAGCUCCAAAAACUAAGAAGCGGCCUUCAGCUUUUCUGAGUGGAAUUUUGGCGGCUGGACACACGGAGGCAUCCAGAGAGAAGAGAAGGCCCAGACUCAACACUGACUUCCUGUCCAGAACAGCAGGGUGUGAUUUUUGCCCUGAAAUUAUGGUGAGGGACAAUGUGUAAACUCAUUGUUUUACAUUAGCGGUUAAUAAUAGAACAAGCGCCUAUUGAUACUUAUUUUGCAUUUUAAUAAAAAAUACUGGAAACCUAUAAAAA